UUUGCGUAGUAUUACUUUCAAAGACCCCUCUCUUUCCUUUUUCAUAUUUUCCAAAACAAUUGAAGGGUUUGGCAUUUUCAAUUUCUUGUUGAUAGUUUGAUACUUUUUUAAUCAAAGAGAUGAGUUGUUUUUCAUGUUUUUCAUCACAUGAAAAGAAGUCAUCGUCGAAAAGUUCACAUAAUACUACUAAGAGAAGAGAACCAUCGCCUGAGAUUCAUCCUCAAGAAGAGGCCCUAUUGCAACAAUCGUCCUCGAAGCUAAAGCCACAAAGGCAAACGCCAACACAAAUACCAUCAAAUCCACAUUCUCGAUUUGAAGCCACACACCAAAAGGCUUCUAGCAAAGAAGAUGGCAACAACAAUAUUGCAGCUCAAACUUUCACAUUCAGAGAACUUGCAACAGCUACGAAGAAUUUUCGACAAGAAUGUCUUAUAGGUGAAGGUGGAUUUGGACGUGUCUACAAGGGUCGCCUUGACAAAACUGAUCAGAUUGUAGCAGUGAAGCAACUUGAUCGUAAUGGAUUGCAAGGAAAUAAAGAAUUCCUAGUAGAAGUGUUGAUGUUGAGUCUUCUGCACCAUUCUAAUCUAGUAAAUUUAAUAGGGUAUUGUGCUGAUGGAGAACAAAGACUUUUGGUUUAUGAAUACAUGCCAUUGGGAUCAUUGGAGGAUCAUCUACUUGAUCUUCAACCAGGCAAACCUCCUCUAGAUUGGUUCACCAGGAUGAAAAUAGCAUUAGAUGCAGCCAAAGGACUAGAAUAUCUACAUGACAAAGCCAAUCCACCCGUCAUAUACAGAGACUUGAAGUCCUCAAAUAUAUUGUUGGAUAAAGAGUACAGUGCAAAAUUAUCAGAUUUUGGAUUAGCAAAACUUGGACCAAUUGGUGAUAACACACAUGUUUCUUCUAGAGUUAUGGGAACAUAUGGUUAUUGUGCUCCAGAGUACCAAAGGACUGGCCAAUUAACUGUUAAAUCUGAUGUUUAUAGCUUUGGUGUUGUUUUAUUGGAGCUAAUUACUGGGAAGAGAGCAGUUGAUAUUACAAGGGAUGGACAUGAACAGAAUUUAAUUACAUGGGCUGAACCCGUAUUAAAAGACACAAGUAGAUACAUAGAACUAGCUGAUCGAAUUCUUGAUGAUGACUUCCCAAAGAAAAGUUUCAAUCAAGCAGUUGCUGUUGCUGCAAUGUGCUUACAAGAUGAUCCAGCCGUUCGUCCACUAAUUAGUGAUGUUGUCACUGCACUUAGUUACCUUGGUGAAGAACCCAACAAUAACUCGGGAUUAAUUGGUAAGUCACCAAUAAAUACUAUAAAAUUACAAUUGCAUGACGAAAAAAGUCAUGAUCAAGAAGAAGAAGAAAUAAAUGAAGUAGAAAGGCAGAAAGCAGUUGCCGAGGCCAUAGAAUGGGGAGAAAAUUCAAGAAACACAAUGCAAGAUCACAAGCUUAAUUAAUUCUUCCAUUAUAUUAGACUUAUCGGGAUUCAAGUCCUCCAGGGAGAUAUCAUGACUGCGGAGGCGGAGCUAGGAUCUAAAGUUUAUGGAUCGGGAUUCUAGUCCUUUAAAGGUAUAUACAUAUUCAAUGUAUUUUAAAAUAUAAGUAUAGGGUUCGGACUAAAGUUAGUAGAUUCGGUCGAACCCACAACCGAAGCACUAACUCCGCCCCUGAUCAUGAGCAGAGUCAGAUAUGCGGCAAGUUAUGUAGGUCCUGUUGAACCAUCGCUAUCGGUUCAAACUAUUUAUACAUACGCAAAAAAGAAAAGUAUUUAAUUAUGAGGUUAACUAAUAUCCAUCGAUGGUGGAAAAAAAAAGAACUUUUAUACUAUUAGGUCAUCUUUUCCUGUUGUAGCAGGU